AUUGGAUACAGGUGUUCUAAUCACCUCCAUGGCCACAGGUGUAUAAAAUCAAGCACCUAGGCAUGCAGACUGCUUCUACAAACAUUUGUGAAAGAAUGGGUCGCUCUCAUGAGCUCAGUGAAUUCAAGCGUGAUAGGUUGUCCCCUGUACAAUAAGUCCAUCCGUGAAUUUCAUUGCUGCUAAAUAUUCCAUGGUCAGCUGUUAGUGUGGUAUUAUAACAAAAUGGAAGCAACUGGGAACAACAGCAGCUCAACCAGAAAGUGGAAGGCUACGUAAAAUGACAGAGUGGGGUCAGUGCAUGCUGAAGCGCACAGUGCGCAGAAGUCACCAACUGUCUGCAGAGUUAAUAACUAAGGACCUCCAAACUUCAUGUGGCCUUCAGAUUAGCAUAACAAUAGUGUGUAUAGAUUUUCAUAAACUGGGAUUCCAUGGCCAAGCAGCUGCAUUCAAGCCUUACAUCGCCAAGUGCAAUAUAAGGUGUCAGAUGCAGUGGCAUAAAGCACACUGCCACUGG